ACAUACAAGAAAGGCAAUCAACGAGCAGGUCACGAUUGUCAGAGAAGGCACCGUCGAGCUUGUCGGGGCGCGGCGUGUCACGAGCUGAAGCUGAAGUGCCAGCGCAAGCACUCCGUCAGGCCAGGCAUGUCCUUCAACGAUCUCGAGCGUGGGCAGACCGGCCAAAGGUCCACUAACAACUUUAGCCACGAUGAUGAUAGCGAGACGAGCAACGCCUUUCGAUCGUUGGCCAACAAGCUAUCCCUCCAGAUCUUCAAGAUAACCUCAAAUGUCACGGGCAUCAACAAACUCGUCGAGCUGCUCGGGAGCACGAGGGACACGUCCGACCUGCGAACGAAGCUCCACGACCUGACCGAAGUGACUCGGGAUCUCGUCAAGGGCUCAACGGAUGAGCUCAAGUUGCUCACCAGCUGGACUCCCGAAAGCAGGCACCAGAAAUUGGAGCAAGCAAAGAUCUCGCGCGACUUUCAGAGCGCUAUGCUCUCCUUCCAGCGGAUACAGCGCGCCAGUGCAGAGAAACAGCGGCAAUUUGUAGACCGAGCCCGAGCAGUCGCCAGCGAACGCACUGUCGCUGCUCAGGAAGACGAGUAUCGCGAUGAGAACGACAGAACUAGCGUGGAACUGCAAACGCAAAGACUCGUCACACAACAAGCGAUACCCGAAAGCGAGCUCGGCUUCCAAGAGGCCCUCAUCGAAGAGCGCGAGGGCGAGAUCCGAGAGAUCGAGUCAGGCAUACAUGAACUCAACGAGAUUUUCCGUGAUCUGGGAACGAUCGUACACGAACAGCAAAGCAUGAUAGACAAUAUCGAGAGUAAUGUCAUCUCGAUAGCCAACUCGACCGAAGGCGCUUCAGAGGAGCUCGUACAAGCGCACCAAUAUCAGCGCAACGCAGGCAGGCGGAAGCUCUGCCUGCUCGUCAUCUUCAUCGUCGUCGUGGCCAUCGUCUUGCUCGCUAUCUUGUCGUAAUUCACUGUCCAUUGUUUGCACAUUACUGGUCUC